GGCCGGAGUGACCCAUGGGUCGCAGCACCUGCCCGCGACUGCAGGCAUGGCGGGCGCAGAAGCAGCAGCUGCGGCGGCCCCUGGCCCACUGCCGCCGCCACAGCAGCAGGAGCAGCAGCGCCCCAAGCAGCUCCAGCAUCCCGCGGUUCCAGAGCUGCUUCCUGGUGCCCAGGAGCGGAGGGAGCGGGAGCAGCGACAGCUGGAGCAGCAGAUGGAACAGCCGCAGGAGCAGCAGGAACAGCACCAAGUACCGCUGUUAACACCACAGCCGCAGCAGCAGCAGCAGCAGGAGCCACGCAUGGGCACCGCAGCCUCACCGCAGCAGUCCUCAAGGGACGUGCGACGCGCGCUGCGGCGACUGCGGUUCAGUCCCCAGGGCAGCAUCCUCAAGUCGGUACCCUUGCGUGGGGGUACGGCAGGUGUCACAGAUGCUGUGGGCACCGGCUGCAUGUCACCGUUGCCACCGCUGCUGGGGUCACCUGUUGGGCUGCCGGCAGUGGCGACGGGCCUGGCGCUGGCGGCAACGAUGACGCCCCUGCCGUCCCCAGUAUCUCCGGUCCCUUCCCUGGUUUCACCGAUACCGUCCCCAGUAUCUCCUGUCCCUUCCCCAGUCUCUCCGAUACCGUCCCCAGUAUCUCCGGUGCCUUCUCCAGUGUCGCCGAUACCGUCCCCGGUUUCGCCAGUUAUGUCCCCGGUAUCGCCACCGCCGCUGGAAACACCCCUGACGACGGCUGCUGGGCUCGAGGCAACACGUGAGCCGCUGGGUCCAGCUUCGCUAGGUGGCGGCCGCAGAAAGGUGGCGCCGACGGCGCCGUCGGCGGCAAGGGGUGUCGGAAUGGGCAUCCCACGCGGCGCACGGCCGGUGUUGGCUGCUGUGGAGGCGCUGCUGGCACCGCAGCCGGAGCGGCUACCUCCGCCACCGCCACCGCCGCUGACGGCAGCCGGCGCCGCAACUGCGGCUGUGGCAGCUGCGGAAGAGGGUGAAGAGGAAGAAGGGGAAGACACGGGCGCAGGGGCUCUCAGCGCCCUGGCAAGCGCCGCGUGCAGCCCCGUUGGGAGCGUGUGUGAGGCGCCUCCACCGGGGGCGGUUGCGGUUGCGGGUGGGGGUGCAGCAGCAGGUGGCAGCGGCGAGGCCAGCGAGGAGGGAGAAGCCAGCCCUGGCCGCAGCCCGCGUCCCGCCCACCGCCGUACGACUCGCAGGGUUCGCAGCCGCAGCCCCCGCAGGAGUCCGGACGUCAUCAUUCGCCGCCGCCGGCAGGACAACCGCAGCCCCGAACGUCCCCGUGGCCAUGACGAGCCUCAUGGCACCGGGCACGAGGAACGAAGCCGUGGCAUGCCGAGCCCGCGACCCAUGGGUCAGAUGGGAUCGGUGGGACCCGUGGGUCGCGGCAGCGGCGGCCGCAGCCCCAUGUCCGAGUACGAGUCGGCUCUGUACCGGCUGCUGGCCGCGCACCCCUGCGGCCUCACGAUGGCGCAGAUCAGGAAGCAGCUGCCCAUCCCGCCUGCGCUGCUGCGAGGCGGCAGGCCCUUCGGCUUCAUGCGCGACCGAGCGCACCUCUACAUGCAGGUUGACCCCGACCACUUCACGGCCAACCCGGAGGGCCGCC